AUGGGACCACCGGGCAUGAUGCCCCCCGGAGGUCCCCCUCGAGGACCCGGAGGAGCGCCGCCCCCCGGCAUCAGAGGCCCGAUGCCGGCAGGCAUGAUGCCCGGCGGCCCCAGACCUCAGGGUCCCCUGGGAGCGGGUCCUGUUCCAGGCGGUCCUAGACCCCAGGAGUCCGCGGGAAUGGGUCCGGCGCCAGGCGGCUCCCCGAUGCCAGGUGCUCCCCCGAUGCAAGGCGGCCCCCGCCCAGGGAUGCCUCCGCCAGGAGCCAUGCCGCCGUUCAUGGGCCCUGACGGCCGACCCAUGAUGCCGCCCCCUGGAGCCCCCGGCGGUCCCCCCAUGGGUAUGCCGAGGCCCGGGAUGCCGGGACAGCCUCCCAUGAUGCCUGGUCUGGCCCCCGGCCAGCAGGCGGGGACGGGCGGAAUGCCGCCUGCCUCGCCCUCAAGCAGGCACCCAGGAGCCGGCAAGCCUCAUCCUCAUACUCUCGCCCGCAAGGGGUCGCCUACUCGCCGCGGUCGCGGGAUGGGCAAGAUCGAGGACGACGAACGAUCUGAUACGCAAUUCGGAGAGGAAGUCAGCCCAAAGGGCCUGCAGACCUUCGCUCGCCUCGUUGCUCUGAACGACGUCGGCGAUCUCGGCGCAUGGAAUGGCUUCAACUGGAAAUCGAGAAGACUCUCCUCUGAUUUCUUGAUCAAAAUCGCUCACGACAAUGAUGGACGCCUGUGGGCCAUUACCGAGAAUCAUCAAGUCGGCAAGCUGACGACUACUGGAUUCAAGUCCUUUGGCUACAUCGGCCACGAAGACCUCAUUGACAUCGCGUUCGACCCCAAGGACAACAGCAUGUGGGCGAUCAAUCGCAUUGGAGAGCUGCUCCACUGGGUGGGCUACACCUGGGACAAGAAGUUCCACGCCGGCUUCCACAAGCUCAAAGCUCUUGCGUUCGACAGAAAGGGCAACCUGUGGGCCAUCAACACCGCAUGCGAAGUCGGCAUGUGGGACGAGAGCGAGCAGCAGUGGGAUCUGAAGGAGGUGCCAGGCGCUGCACGGCUGCACACGCUGGCCUUCGAUGAGAACAACAAACUCUGGGUGCUGGGCAGCAACGGCGAGCUCAUGUUGUUGGUUGGCACCCGGUGGGUGGUGUACGGCUGGGUCGCGUGCUGGAAGUUCAAGGAUAUCGCGUUCCGCUGGAGCACGCAGGCGAUUCAGAAACUGCGAAGCAUGCGGUCUACUGGAACUAUCGUGGCCUCUCACCCCGGCGUCAGCCAGCCUGAGGCGAUCCCCGGACCUCAGCGCCCGCAGGACUGA